GGCUAUGUAGUGCAAAUGUACUGCUUGUCUGUGUAUUCUAUGCCAGUUGGUGCAGAAAGCAGCUGUAGGAAAUCAGGUAAUGGAGGUCAGUGUUCAAGUGCAGGUAAUGAGUAUGUAGUUACCCUCCCACUCCCUCCCUUAGUAACUCACAGUGAAGCUCAGAAGCAUCAGUGCAGAGAAAGUGGGGACUUUUCAGAACAAACACAGGUUGAGCUGUCAAAGCGGGACUGUCCUGCUGAAACCGGUUUGGAAGUAUACUAUAACCAGAAAGAGGUAAUAGAGAAAAAUUUCUAUGCAGCAGGAAGAAAUUUCUUUCACUUUCAGUGCUUGGAAGUGAAACUAGACUGUAAAGCUUUAAAAAGGGCAGAAAACGAGACACAUACACCAAGCACAGACGACUCGCAUAAGACUUCAGCAAGGAUGGCAACAUUCCUGAUGGAUGAACCCAUGUGCCUGAUAGGAAACAAGGAAAAUGAAGAAAUAAUAGUUAACCAGGAGGCCUUACAGAUCUUAUUGGACAUCGCUCAGCCUGUGGUGGUUGUGGCGAUUGUUGGGAAAUAUCGAACUGGGAAAUCCUAUCUUAUGAACAAACUGGCAGGAGGCAAGAAUGGGUUUGCACUUGGAUCAACCAUUCAGUCAAAGACUAAAGGAAUUUGGAUGUGGUGUGUGCCUCACCCUAUGAAACAAGGGCACACCCUAGUUCUGUUGGACACAGAGGGACUGGGGGAUGUGGAGAAGGGAGACAGCAAGAAUGAUGCAUGGAUCUUCUCCCUGGCCAUCUUACUCAGCAGCUCUCUGGUGUACAACAGCUUGGGGACAAUUGACCAACAAGCCAUGGAUCAUCUACAUUACGUGACCGAACUAACCGAGCGCAUAAAAGUGAAAUCACCUGAAGCACAAGCAAAGGAAGAGGAAGUGGAUGAAUCUGGAGAAUUUAAAAGGUUCUUCCCAUCAUUCAUUUGGUGCGUGAGGGACUUCACACUCAAGUUAGAGAAGAAUGACCUGCCAAUCACUGAGGAUCAAUAUUUACUAGAUGCGCUGGAAUUAAAGAAAGGUUUAGGCAGAAAGGUUCAAGACUACAACCUGCCUCGUCAGUGCAUCCGUCAUUACUUUCAUUCCCACAAAUGUUUUGUGUUUGACCGGCCAGUAUCUACAUCAAAUGCUCUCCAGAGACUGGAAAAACUCCAGGAAUCACAAUUAGAGCCUGAAUUUGUAAAGAAAACCACAAAGUUUUGCCGUCACAUCUAUGAGAAUUGUAAUGCUAAAACUCUAGUGGGCGGAUACACAGUCACAGGGAGACUGCUGGGCAAUCUGGCCGUGUCAUAUACAGAGGCAAAAAGGAGCGGUUCUAUCCCCUGUAUGGAGAACGCAGUAAUUGCCCUGGCACAGAUUGAGAAUUCUAGAGCCGUGCAGAAAGCUCUGGCCCAGUAUGAGGAAGAGAUGAGCAAGAACAUUGGCAAAUUCCCUACAGAGACACAGGAAGAGUUUCUCAAUAUUCACCAGGAAUGUGAAAAAGAAGCAACAAAGGUCUUUAUGGGCCUUUCCUUCAAGGAUGAGAACGGGGAAUAUCUGACACAACUCAUUCAUGAUCUGGCAGCGAAAAAGUCCAAAUAUUCUCUAUACAAUGAAGAGGAAUCUGCCAAAAAGUGCAAAGCCAUUCUACAGAAUCUGAGUGGGAGUCUGGAGAGCGAUAUAUCAGAUGGGAAAUUCUCCAAACCUGGUGGAUAUAAACAGUUUCUGGCAGAGAAGAACUCGCUGGUGGACGAAUACAAGAGCAGCAAAGGCAAAGGAGUUAAGGCUCUAGAGAUACUACAGGAAUUUCUCACUGAAAAAGAAACCGUAGAAGCAGCAAUUUUACAGGCUGAUCAGUCCCUUACGAUUAAAGAAAAGGAAAUAGAAGACCAGCGAGUCCGGACUGAAGCUGCUGAGAGGGAAAAGCAAAUAUUGGAGGAACAUAACAGAUGUUUAGAGGUAGACAUGGAGAAUCAGAAGAAAAGCCUGGAAGAGCAUAAGAGAUUGAUGGAGGAGAAGAUGGUAGAGGAGAGAGAGAAGAUCAUAGAGCAAAAUGAAUGGAUGAUAGAAGAGAAGCUAAAGGAGCAAGAAGAGAUGCUGAAGAAAGGAUUCCGUCAAGAAUCUGAAAUGCUGAAAGAUCAAAUCAAAGAUCUGAAGAAACAAAAUGAUGAGGCUGCCAAUAGGUCUUUUUUUGGGAAAAUUCUCGAUGCAUUGUUUCGGCCCUUUGGAUAUGCACUUAAUGCAAGAGUAAAAAAACCAUAAUGAAGGCGUUGAACAGUCCAUCACAGAUGAGAAGAGAUGGAAUUGAGAGAGGACCAUUCGCUAAGCGCAAAAAACUGCUUCUGCUCGUGAUGCUCAUUAGGGCUGAAAUUGUGUUCUAUGUGGAUAUAACAGACAGACUAUGCACAUUGUGUCUCUGCUGCUGCUGCUCUCCCUAGCUUCCACAGAACACACAGUGUUUACUAUAUGAAUGUUGACACCACCUGCCAUAUUUUCCAAAAUGAACAUUUUCUCCAGAAUUCCAGCACAUCAUCUCAAACAUACGGCCCAUACAGUAUACUGGAAACAUUCUGAGUGAUAAAGGCAAAGGCUUACAGCAGCUGCAGUGUGAGCUCUAUAAUUGUGGCUUUAUGCUUUUCCCCAUUGUGUACGUAAUGUUGCCAAUUUGUUUGUUAUUGUCUUGCAUUUAAAUAUAUUUUGUGCUGUGCUCA